GGGUGCAAAGAAGAGUGCCAUAGGGCAGCGCAUUGUAGCAACGUUGCCGUACAUCAAACAGGAAGUCCCCAUCAUUAUUGUCUUUCGUGCCUUAGGGUUUGUCUCUGACAGAGACAUCUUGGAGCAUAUAAUUUAUGACUUUGAAGAUCCUGAGAUGAUGGAAAUGGUUAAACCUUCUUUAGAUGAGGCAUUCGUCAUCCAGGAACAGAAUGUUGCCCUGAAUUUCAUUGGUUCAAGAGGCGCAAAGCCUGGUGUCACCAAAGAGAAAAGGAUCAAGUAUGCAAAAGAAGUUUUGCAGAAAGAGAUGCUUCCACAUGUUGGUGUCAGUGACUUCUGUGAAACCAAAAAGGCUUAUUUUCUUGGGUACAUGGUUCAUAGGUUAUUGCUGGCAGCUUUGGGGAGAAGGGAGCUGGAUGACAGAGAUCACUACGGCAACAAACGACUGGAUCUUGCAGGGCCAUUACUUGCUUUCUUGUUCAGAGGAAUGUUUAAGAACUUGCUGAAGGAAGUUAGAAUAUAUGCACAGAAGUUUAUUGACAGAGGGAAAGAUUUUAACUUGGAGCUAGCAAUUAAAACCAGAAUUAUAUCAGACGGGCUGAAAUACUCCUUGGCUACAGGGAACUGGGGAGACCAGAAGAAAGCUCAUCAGGCCAGAGCUGGAGUAUCUCAAGUCUUGAACCGACUCACCUUUGCAUCUACGCUUUCCCACUUGCGUCGUUUGAAUUCCCCUAUUGGCAGAGAUGGUAAAUUAGCAAAGCCCAGGCAAUUGCACAACACAUUGUGGGGAAUGAUCUGUCCUGCUGAAACUCCAGAGGGUCAUGCUGUGGGACUUGUGAAGAAUCUUGCUCUCAUGGCCUAUAUUUCUGUGGGAUCCCAGCCAUCUCCAAUUCUGGAAUUUUUAGAAGAAUGGAGCAUGGAAAACCUGGAAGAAAUCUCUCCAGCAGCCAUUGCAGAUGCUACAAAGAUCUUUGUAAAUGGAUGUUGGGUUGGAAUCCACAAAGACCCAGAACAGCUUAUGAAUACGCUGAGGAAAUUGCGUCGUCAGAUGGACAUCAUUGUGUCAGAGGUGUCCAUGAUCAGGGAUAUCCGGGAGCGAGAAAUUCGCAUUUAUACUGAUGCUGGCAGGAUUUGCCGCCCACUUCUGAUUGUGGAAAAACAAAAGUUGCUUCUAAAGAAGAGGCAUAUUGACCAAUUGAAGGAACGUGAAUAUAACAAUUACAGUUGGCAGGACUUGGUGGCCAGUGGUGUAGUGGAAUACAUUGACACGCUAGAAGAGGAGACUGUUAUGUUGGCCAUGACUCCAGAUGACCUGCAGGAGAAAGGGAUUGCAUACUGUUCAACUUACACACACUGUGAGAUUCACCCGUCCAUGAUCCUAGGAGUCUGUGCCUCCAUUAUCCCAUUUCCAGAUCACAAUCAGUCUCCUAGGAAUACCUACCAAUCUGCUAUGGGCAAACAGGCCAUGGGUGUUUAUAUCACCAACUUUCAUGUUCGAAUGGAUACACUUGCCCAUGUGCUGUAUUAUCCUCAGAAGCCCCUUGUGACUACGCGCUCUAUGGAAUAUCUGAGAUUCAGAGAGUUGCCAGCAGGCAUCAACUCUAUUGUGGCCAUAGCUUCAUAUACUGGAUAUAAUCAAGAAGAUUCUGUCAUUAUGAAUCGUUCUGCUGUUGACAGAGGCUUUUUCAGGUCUGUGUUCUAUCGUUCAUACAAAGAGCAAGAAUCCAAGAAAGGAUUUGACCAAGAAGAAGUGUUUGAGAAGCCUACUCGUGAAACGUGCCAAGGGAUGAGGCAUGCCAUCUAUGACAAACUGGAUGAUGACGGCUUAAUUGCACCUGGCGUACGUGUGUCAGGGGACGACGUAAUCAUUGGCAAGACAGUAACGUUGCCGGAGAAUGAAGAUGAACUGGAAAGCACGAAUCGUCGUUACACCAAAAGAGAUUGUAGCACUUUCCUGCGCACUAGUGAAACUGGCAUUGUUGACCAAGUCAUGGUUACCUUGAACCAGGAGGGAUAUAAGUUUUGUAAAAUUAAGGUGCGCUCUGUAAGAAUCCCACAAAUUGGAGAUAAGUUUGCCAGCAGACAUGGUCAGAAAGGUACCUGUGGUAUCCAGUACAGACAAGAGGAUAUGCCCUUCACCUGUGAGGGAAUCACCCCUGAUAUUAUCAUCAAUCCCCAUGCUAUCCCUUCACGUAUGACAAUUGGUCACUUGAUUGAAUGUCUGCAAGGGAAGGUGUCUGCAAACAAGGGAGAAAUAGGUGAUGCCACACCUUUCAAUGACGCGGUCAAUGUGCAGAAGAUUUCAAAUUUGCUCUCUGAUUAUGGUUACCAUCUGAGAGGAAACGAGGUUUUGUACAAUGGCUUCACAGGUCGCAAAAUUACAUCGCAGAUUUUUAUCGGUCCUACUUAUUACCAGAGGUUGAAACACAUGGUAGAUGAUAAGAUUCAUUCUCGUGCCAGGGGGCCAAUCCAGAUCCUCAACAGGCAACCUAUGGAAGGCCGAUCACGUGAUGGUGGUCUCCGUUUUGGAGAAAUGGAACGAGAUUGCCAGAUUGCUCAUGGAGCAGCCCAGUUCCUAAGGGAAAGGUUGUUUGAAGCAUCAGACCCAUAUCAGGUUCACGUGUGCAACCUCUGUGGCUUAAUGGCAAUUGCAAAUACCAGGACGCACACAUAUGAGUGCAGGGGCUGCCGGAAUAAGACACAGAUUUCUCUGGUGAGAAUGCCGUACGCCUGUAAGCUCCUCUUCCAAGAGCUGAUGUCCAUGAGUAUUGCACCUCGAAUGAUGAGUGUGUAGCCUUUGGGAAGUUCCUCCAUUUCUUAGCCACAAUGUAGUUUUUACCCAAGUUUUUUAGGCACAUGCUUCUCUUUUAAAUGUUUUUUUUUCAAAUCUGAAUAUCUUUGUGGUUAAGGUUUUCCAAUUGUUCCAUGUGUGCGCUAUUUUGUUUUUGUAAAUAGAAAUAAAAGCUUUUCAGUCAUGUA